AAAACGCAAAGAACAGAAAUCCAGUUAUCUCAUAUGAACACAACGAUGGAGGCAACGCAAAAUGAGCAAAACGGUCAAGUAAACUCUCCCGAUCCGAAUCCAAGUCCCGUUCCACAGCAUCAGUCUCUGUCGAAGAAUGCCCAAAAGAAGCUGUUGAAGCAGCAGAAAUACGAGGCGAAGAAAGCCGAGAAGAAAGCACAAAUGAAAGAGCAAAAACAGAGGGAUGCGGAGAGGAAGCGAAAAGAAUGGGAAGAGAAACUGGCCGCCCUACCCGAAGACGAAAGGCUUAAGCUCAUAGAUUCAAGAAAAGAAUUGAGGAGAGAGAGGAUGGAGAAAAGGUCCGAGGAAAGAGGCCAGAAAAUCCAGAGACUGACCCAAGCCAAGGAGACAGGCCAAAACAUUGUCGUCGACCUUGAAUUCUCUCAUCUCAUGACCCACUCUGAGAUCCACAGCCUCGUCCAACAGAUAAUGUACUGCUAUGCUGUGAAUGGAAGAUGCAGUUCUCCUGCUCACCUCUGGUUGACUGGAUGCGAAGGGGAGAUGGAAACUCAAUUGCAAAGGCUCCCUGGUUUCGAUAAAUGGAUUAUUGAGAAGGAAAAACAAUCUUAUAUCAAAGCAUUUUCCGAUCGGAAAGAUGAUUUGGUGUACCUUACUGCAGAUUCCGAAACUGUGCUACAUGAACUUGAUCCCACCAAAGUUUAUAUUGUUGGCGGAUUGGUGGACAGGAACCGGUGGAAAGGUAUAACUAUGAAGAAAGCAGAGGAACAGGGAAUUCAUACAGCAAAACUCCCGAUUGGAGCUUAUAUGAAAAUGUCCAGUUCUCAGGUCCUUACUGUGAACCAAGUUAUAGAAAUACUACUCAAGUUCCUGGAGACAAAAGACUGGAAAGAUUCCUUCUUUCAAGUAAUCCCUCAGAGGAAAAGAACCGAAGGAGAUUCAGAAAACUGCCAAGUAGAUGGAGAAGAUUGUGAGGAGGAAACUGAGAAGAAAAAGAGGUGCCUCGAAGUGCCUUCUCAUGACUAGAAGUCGCUGAAUUUUUGCUUAUAUUGACACUUAACAUCUCUCAUUACAUGCGAUGGAUGUACAAUUGGAAAAUUCAUUACAUAAAAAGUUAUUGGUGUUGAAGUUC